AUGUCUGACUAUAAACCCACAGAACACAACGGCCUAAAGAAGGAUGGCAACCCUGACAAAAGAGUCGGCACAGGAGGGUUUGCGUACGGCAAAGUAGAUCCUCACCUCGCUGGCAUGGAAGGCGCCAAGGCGGCCGCACGUGGUAGUAGCGGUUCACCAAAUGGUUCAUCCUCUGGGGGCGCUGAUGGCUCCGGGGGCGAUUAUAAGCCCACAGAGCAUGGCGGUUUGCGCAAGGAUGGCAAGCCUGACGGACGAGUCCAGGGAAACUAG